UAACAUUCAAGGAUGAAAAGAGUUAAGUAGUCAAGCAAAGUUAAAUGAAGUUGGGAGCCCAUUCCUACCAUUAUUUUGCCUCUCAAAAUAAUUGUAUAUAUAAAGCACUUUGCAUUCUUAUGUAGACUAUAUGUACACAGUAACCCUAUAUAUUUGGGUAUAUCUGGACUUGAAAUUUGUUGUAACUUAGGUGUGUCUCAAGCUGGCUCCUCCCUGGACAUUCAUCCUGCCUUUUUGUUGGGGAAGAAUGCUCAUCCCUUUGCUGUUUUACAUUUGCCACUGAGGGUCAGGUGUGUUGCUACGCCCAGUUUCUCUAGAGCUGCUGUGUCCUGGGUGUUACCUGGAAAUUGUGCUUCAAAUUAAGUAAUGAAAUUAGUUUAGAAAAAUUCACUGGACAAUUUAGUACAACAAGAAUCACUGCAACAUUUCUUAAGCCUUUACUGUGUUCUGGUACUUAUGGACUUUAAUCCUCCCAACUGCCUUAUGAAAUUAGGUACUGCUGUUUUCCAUGCUUUUUAGAUGAGGAACCUGAGGCUUAAAUUUAUGCAGACAAGAUCACAUGGUUAGUCAAUGGCUGAGCUGGGGCUUUUCCAGGCCUCUGCUUUUGAUAAUGUUUUACUGUCUUUCAGGACCCCCGGAGUUGUUAGCAGAAUUGCAUGGUGAUGCUUUCUUCUCUGUAGGAGAUAGUAAGAAUAUAGUAAUUGACCAGUAAUAAACCUGCGAGACACACUGCUUCUGUGGACAUUCCCUCCCAGAAGCCUCCCCAACCUUUCCCUCCCAUACACAAACUCAGUCACAUAUCAUUGCUUUAUUCUUCCAGUGCGACUUGUCCCAAUGUCAGGGAAGGCAUUUAUCAUGGUCCUUCACCAUUUGACCGUAGCUCUUGGAGAGCAGGCUCCCUCUUACCUCUGUAUCUGUAGCCUGUGGGAGUACCUAUCAGUGCAGGAUAGUGGAAGAUUACUAUUAAAAUCUGCUUAACUGUUUUUCAUUUUCUAAUGUUACUCUGUGCAGUUGGAGUAUAGAUGUCUGAUGGAAAUGUGGAUCUUGUAUGAUCACAAAAUCUUUUAUUGUUUACAGAAUGAAGAGGAACAAUUUAUCUCUUGUGAAUAAAAUCGUCCGAUCUUCACCAGCAGUGAAACAACCAAAAGUUGGCUUCUUCUCUUCUCUCAAUCACACCCACAUGCACACUGUCCUUCUAGACUGGGGGAGUUUGCCUCACUAUGUAGUAUUACGCAUUUUUCAGUAUCUUCCUUUAAUAGAUCGGGCCCGGGCGUCUUCCGUAUGUAGGAAAUGGAAUGAAGUUUUUCAUAUUCCUGACCUUUGGAAAAAGUUUGAAUUUGAACUGAACCAGUCAGCAACUUCAUAUUUUAAGUCCACACAUCCUGAUCUCAUUCAGCAGAUCAUUAAAAAGCAUGCUACCCAUCUCCAGUAUGUUAGCUUUAAGGUGGAUAGUAGUACUGAAUCAGCGGAAGCUGCCUGCGAUAUCCUUUCUCAGCUGGUAAAUUGUUCUAUCCAGACCUUGGGCUUGAUUUCAACGGCCAAGCCAAGUUUUAUGAAUGUGUCAAAGUCUCAUUUUGUGUCAGCACUUACAGUUGUCUUUGUCAACUCAAAAUCAUUAUCAUCGAUCAAAAUUGAAGACACACCAGUGGAUGAUCCUUCAUUGAAAAUUCUUGUGGCCAAUAAUAGUGAUACCCUAAGACUCCUAAAAAUGAGUAGCUGUCCGCAUGUUUCCUCUGAUGGAAUCCUUUGUGUAGCUGAUCGCUGUCAAGGCCUUAGAGAACUGGCAUUGAAUUAUUACAUUCUAAGUGAUGAACUUCUCCUAGCACUUUCAAGUGAAACUCAUGUUAACCUAGAGCAUCUCCGAAUUGAUGUUGUGAGUGAAAAUCCUGGGCAAAUUCAAUUUCAUUCUAUUAAAAAACAAAGUUGGGAUGCACUUAUCAAACACUCCCCUGGAGUGAAUGUUGUUAUGUAUUUCUUUUUAUAUGAAGAAGAAUUUGAGGCAUUCUUCAAAGAAGAAACCCCUGUUACUCACCUUUAUUUUGGUCGCUCAGUAAGUAAAGCGAUUCUAGGACGGAUAGGUCUUAACUGUCCACGACUAAUUGAGUUAGUGGUAUGUGCUAAUGGUCUUCAGACUCUUGAUACUGAACUUAUUUGUAUUGCUGAACACUGUAAAAACUUAACAGCCUUGGGCCUCAGUGAAUGUGAAGUUAGCUGCAGUGCAUUCAUUGAAUUUGUAAGACUGUGUGGGAAAAGGCUAACCCAGCUCUCUGUAAUGGAAGACGUUUUGAUCCCUGAUGAUGAGUAUAGCCUAGAUAAAGUUCACACUGAGGUCUCCAGACAUUUGGGAAGAAUGUGGUUCCCCGACGUCCUGCCUGUCUGGUGAUUGUCUACCAAAGAUUCUUAAUUUUUUAAAAAUUAUUAAAAUUAGCUUCUUUCUUUCUAUGCAACUAUAAAUUUUAAGAUAUGUUGCUGAACUAUUUUAGGUAAAAUAUCUUAUCAUUUGCAAACUGUCUUAAUGGAUUAGAAUAGAAACAUUUGAAAAAAAUAUGAGAAAUGGAAAGAUCCAGAAAUUUCCAUAAAUAGGACAUAGAUCCUGUAUUGUGGAUUAGGUAGUUGAUAGGCUAAAAACUACAUAUGGUUUGUACUUUUGAGUUCCUUAGCCUUUGCUGAAGGUACAUUUUAGCUUGCUCAAUAAAUUUAUAAUAUUGAGCUUUGGAUCCUUAAAUUAUGACAUUUGUAACUUUAUACUGCUUUAAUUGCUUCUCUUUCAUCUUGGUAUGAGUAUGUUUUACAAGAUAUAUAGGAUUAAAUCCAAGAGUAAAUUAAAAGUAUAGACACAGAAGCUGACUUAAUUGUACUUAAUUUUUAGCACUACAUAAGAUCAUAUUAUAACUCAAUAAACAAUUUCUAAUUUCUAACACAUUGAA